AUGAGUAAUACUAAUAAUAUUCCGGGUUUAACUAAUAAUACUUCAUACCCUUCCAGUACUGAUAUACAAACUAGUAAUGUAAAACUUCAAUCUCGUGGAAGGACUAAUUCUGUUCAUACACAAUUAUCUAAAAAAACAUCAGGAACAUCAAAUAAUUCACCUAAAACAAGUAUUACUAGAAGUAACUUAAGAUAUGAUGGUAUAAAUACACCUAAAAGAUCACUUUCAAAAGUUGGAUCAAAUAGUUUAACUGUAAAUAAUGAUCCAAAUUAUGGAAAACCAUUAAAAAGGCAAGGUUUCAAAAAUAUAGGAUCAUUUAAAGAAAAAUAUCAUGGACUUGCAUCAAAUGGUUUUCAUCGUUUAAGAAGAAUCUCAAGAGCUGAUAUAUCAAGAAUAGCUGAUCAUCGUGGUAUACCAUUACGUUUUAGAGGACAAUUUGAUUUUAGAUUAAUUGUUAGUCGUUUUGAAAAACAAAGUACUUUUCAUGGUAUUUGUCAUGCAGCUACAGCACCAAAUUAUAAAUGGAGAAUUAUGUGGUAUUCUGCUUUUUCGAUAUGUUUUUUAGCACUUAUAAUACAAGUAUUUUAUUUAAUUAGAAGAUACCGAAUGUAUGAAAAAACAGUUGAUCUUGAUCUCAAAUUUGAGAGUGCCCCUUUUCCAGCAGUCACAAUAUGUAAUUUAAAUCCUUAUAAAGCAAGUGCCAUUCAAAAUGAUCCAAUAACGAAAUCAACAAUGGAUGCUUUUACACAUUUAAUGAAUAAAGGUGCUUCAGCAAUAACUGGUCUUGCUAAUGAAUUAGCGGCGGCAAAAAAUGAAAUUAUAGAAAGAGUAAAAAGAGAAGAACCAAAUAACGAAUCAAGAAGAUAUUUACAAGUAUUAGCACAAUGUUAUUGUGAAAUUAGUACACUUUCUGGAAUAAGAAAAAAAGGUAGUUGUUUUGCAGCAUAUAAAGGUAACAUUUCAUUAACUUUUACUGGAAAUAAUCUACAUAACUUUCAUCCAUCAAAAUGUUUAUGUCAGCUAGAUCGUGUAUCAAAAACAUUAUGGCCUUGUUUUCCAAAAAAUAGUUGGGAAAAAAAAAUGUGUAGUAAAUGUGUUAAAUCAUUGGGACAUUGUCCAAUGAAACAUAUUAAUAAAAAACUAAGAAACAAAAGAAGAAAAUAUUAUAAAGAUAUUUUACAAAGUUUUAAUAAAAAAAAUCAAACAUCACAAAAAAUGAAUAUUACAAAUACAAUUGAAAAUACUAAUAAAAAUUCAUCAAAAGUUGGAUGUCGUUGUCAUGAAGAGUAUAAUCAUUGUGUAAUGAAUCCAGAAAAUGGAUAUAUACCAGAAAUUGUACCUAAUGAUAGUUUAGAUGAUGUUUUAAAAAGAGAUUAUUUAUCACCACAAUAUGCAUUAUCAACAACUACAACAACUACAACUACACAAGCACCUAGUGUAGUUCAGGCAUUAGGACUUGAGGAACUCGAAGAUGAAAUUGCUAUUACAACACAAGCACAACAAAAUUUAAUGUUUGCUGUUGGAGCAAAGCCAAUGGAACAAAAAAUAGCAAUGUCACAAAAAAUGAGUGAACUUAUUUUAAAGUGCUCUUUUAAUCAAAGAGAUUGUGAUUUUAAAAAGGAUUUUAAAUUACACUAUGAUGCAACAUACGGUAAUUGUUAUACGUUUAACUGGGAUAGAUCAAAAAAUGUAUCAGCUAAUAGAGCUGGUGCUAAUUAUGGUUUAAGAUUAUUAUUAUUUGCAAAUAUUUCUGAAUAUCUACCAACGACAGAAUCAGUCGGAUUUAGAAUUACAGUGCAUGAUAAAUGGAUAACACCAUUUCCUGAUGCCUUUGGAUAUAGUGCGCCAACAGGAUUUAUGACAUCAUUUGGUGUAAGAAUGAAACAAUUUAUUAGACUUCCAGCACCUUAUGGAAGAUGCUUAGAUUAUUUUGAAGCAGAUGAAAAUUUCCAUAUAUAUCGUGGAUACAAUUAUUCUGUGGAAAGUUGUCACAGAAGCUGUACACAACGUGAAGUUAUUAAAGCAUGUGGUUGUUCUGAUCCUAUGUAUCCUGGAUUUAAUAAUUCUGAAGUCUGUAGUGUAUUAGAUCCUGUUGCAAGAAGAUGUAUUCAAAAUAUAACAUCACAACUAACUAAAGAUAUAUCUGAAGGUUUAUAUAAAGACUGUAUAUGUCAUCAACCAUGUUUAGAAAGUGGUUAUGAAGUAUCUUUUUCAGCAGCACGAUGGCCAUCUGGAACAUCAAAAAUAAUGGAAUGUGAAGCUUCAAAUGAUUUAUGUAUGGAAAAAUAUAAAAAAAAUGCUGCUAUGGUUCAAAUAUUUUAUGAAGAAUUAAAUUUUGAAACAUUAACUGAAAGUCCUGCAUACUCUUUAACAAGUGCUUUAGCUGAUCUUGGUGGUUUGACUGGAUUGUGGAUUGGUGCUUCUGUUGUAUCAUUAUUAGAAAUUGUUGCACUUAUAAUUUACACAACUCAAGCAUAUGUGCAAAAGAAAAAGUUAGAAUCUGCACCACCUCCUAAAAUGUCAUCAAAUAGAUCAUUAGCAAAUAUUUCCAAAAAAUCCAUUAAAUUGAUAGGUUCAGAAAAAUCAUCAAAACAAUCUGUUUUACAGGAAGUUGAUGAAACAAAAACAGAAGAAACAUUAUCAGAAAUUCAAAAAUCAUCAACAUAUUAUAUUCCACCUGGAGCAGAUUUGCCAUGUAUUUGUUCUUAUAAUGCUUAUGGACACAUUGAAGUUAUGAAAGUUUUAUGCCCUCAACAUGGUUAUCUAUUAAGAGCAAGAGGUAUAUAUGAAGAUGAUAUUUAUGCAGAUGAAUGGGAAGAAGAAGAGGAAGAAAAUAUUGAGGAAGAAGAAGAUGACAUUGUUGAAGGAGAAGAAAUUUAUAGUCAAAUGGAUUUAGAAAAUUUUAAUAACAUAAAAAAUAAUAUGGAAAUUGUUAAUGAAGAUGAUGAACAUAUACAAAGUAAUUCAAAUAAUUUUUUAAAAAAUAAUAAUACAAAAAAAGAUGAUACUAUACAAAUAGAAGAAUCAUUAGAUCUAAAUAAUAGUAGUGAAAAUCGCAAAUCAAGUAAUGUUACCAAUGAUACACCUAAUUUAAAGAAUGAUUAUAAACAAAAUUCACCUAAAGAAACAGUUAAAUACGUUCUACCUAAAUUAAAUAAAUUUAAAUCGAACUUCAUUUCUAGUAAAGAAAAUAGUAAAAAAUCUAAAAAUUCAAUAGAAGUACCAAAUGGACAAGAUCGUUCUAUAUCAGAUACUUCAUCAACCAAAGAUAUAUCAUCAAUUGCUACAAUAGAAACAUUGGAAACUAGCAAAUCAACGUCUACUUCACAUGGUCUUACAAAACUUUUUCAAGAAAAAUAA